GGCUGGGACCUCCAAACUUUUCAAUGCAUUGAGACACUUAAUGAUCAUGCUGAUGCUGUGAUGUCUGUGCUUUGCUGGGAUAGCUUCUUGUUAUCUGGUUCCCUCGACAGUACAAUAAAGGUUUGGGCUGCAACUGAAAGUGGGAACUUGGAAGUAGUAUAUUUAACAUCAUUGGAAGUAGUAUAUUUCACUGGACAUGCAACUGGGCAGCUCUUUGUCUGA